AUGGUUCCAAUGAUCACCGGAACUGUUCUUCCUCGGGGUCCAUAUCUCGGAAGGGAAUUGGCUAUGAAUGAGGGUCAUGCUGAUAGGCAGAGAGAGAACAAGGUGAUCGGGGAGUCUGGGAAGAGACCUCACAUCUACUUUGAGGAUUUCGUUCAGCCAACCGAAAAUCAUCACCAUCUACUUGCCAAGGCGACUAAGGAUCCGAAGGACUUCAUUGUGUUGCUUUAUAAUGAAAUGCUGUUGUACGUAAAGGAUGGAGAGAACUGGGAUGACAUCAUGGAGGAGCUAGAGGGAAGAGGGGUGCAAGAGAUGUCGUUUGUAGAUAUUGCGCUAGACUUCAUAUUGUUAGAUGCUUUUGAAGAUCUGGAGAACCCACCUUCAUCCGUGCUUGCUGUCAUGCAGAAUCGCUGGCUCUCCAACGGUUUUAAGGAGACGGCUCUCUUGACAGCUGUGUGGUCAGUACUGAAAGCUAAGAGACGACGGCUCAAGCAACCAAAUGGGUUCAUAGCUCAUUUUUAUCACAUCUCUGAACACGUGAGUCCUGUGCUGGCAUGGGGUUUCCUAGGACCGAGGAGCCGACUUAAAGAACUUUGUGAACUGUUCAAGGAUCAGGUUCUGGGCUUUAUGCAGGACAUGUUCAGCCUGCGGAAAUGCCAAUACACAACAGUAGAGCAGCUUGCAGACGACAUCAUCGUCCUUGCUAGGCACCACUGUGAACAUGUACUAGAGAAACUGGCAGUGUCGCCACUGACAGACACCAGUCGUGAGAAUAGCAAGUUUCCACACUGAAGUGUAGGAGUCUACCCUCACAGUCACAGACCAAUAAAUAACCCUGUGAAUAAAAACCUAAAAGAUAUUACUAUAAUAAAUAGAGCUUGUGAUUGUACUACUGGUUAUAGGCUGGUACUGUCUGGUGCAUCUCACAGUUUUGCAACUAUUUCAACACAAAAGCUAUGUUGUUGGAAGGAUACUGAUCAUGAGAUGGUUGUGUAUGUGUGAAUCGUUUAUUAUAAGAUGUCUUAGCCUGAGAAUGAUGACGCUGUAAAGGCAAGAUAAUAUAUAAUCACCAGUUCUAUUACUGUUUGUUUCGAUGGGCUAUCAGAAUUAGUUAUAGGAGUUCUUGUAGAAUUUUCUUUUAAUAGUUGUUCACAUUUAUUUUGUAACCGCAGCGAUGGCUCAAUGGUGGAGUGCUCGCCUCGCAUGCGGAAGGUCGUGGGUCAGGGUCGGGGUCGUGGCUCCCAGCCGGGUCAUACCAAAGACUUGAAAAAUGGUACACACUGCUUUUCUGCUUAGCACUCGGCAAAAAGAGAUAGAGUGUGGAAAAACUUCCCGUCACAGGUUGAUGUUAGUAAGGGCAUACAGUCGUAAAAAAAUCUGCUUCAAUAAAAUUGUGCAAUGGAAGAGCUGCCAAAAACUGGACCGAGCCAGAUUUCUGGAGUGGGUUCUACUGAUGUGGAUUUAAACCCUUGAGUCCAGUAUAAAAUAAAGUAACCGAAAAAAUUUUUAGUACAGGGUAAGUAGAACCUGCUCUAAAGUUAGCAUCACGUCUGGUAUGAUUAGAAAUAAUCUAGUAUUAGCA